CUCAUUGAGUCUCUUUCCCAAACCUCUAGGGAGAAGGGAUGUGGGAGGAGGGGCAGAAACAUACAGAGAGCUGGAAAGGGGGGUUGGGAGACAAGAAAUAAAGACAGAAGGAGACACACACCACAGAGAGGCCGACAGACUGAGAGACAAACAGAGAAACAGAGACAGAAAAAGAGACAAAGGCAGAAAUAGAGACAGAGUGGGAAAUAGACUAACUCACUGAGUAAGAAAUAGAGAGGGAGAGAGAGAGAACAAGGAAAGAGAUAUAAACAGAAAAUUAGACUCCAAAGAGAUACAGGGAGAAAGACAGACUGAAAGAAAGAACAGAAAGAGAAGCGAGAAGCCAGGGCAGAGUGUGCCAGCUGGCGGAAUGGAGGAUUCCCUGGCAUGGGAGAUGUAGUGGUUGAAGUCUGGGCAGAACUGGGUGGGCAGGAAGAAGCUGGUGCCUCAGUGGGGGUAAGGGGGAAUGGGAGGGGCAGGCAUUUUGCUGCUGCUGCUGUUGCUGCUGCCUGAGGUCAGGAUGGGGGUGUCCUGGAGACCCCCAAAGGGAAAAUGUCCUCUGAGCUGCUCCUGCUCCAAAGACAGUGCCCUCUGUGAAGGCUCCCCGGACCUGCCCGAGAACUUCUCCCCGACCCUGCUGUCACUCUCACUUGUUAGGACUGGAGCUACCCAGGUGAAGACCGGCAGCUUCCUGAGAGUGCCAUCACUGCACUUGCUCCUCCUCACAUUCAACUCCUUCUCCGUGAUUGAGGAUGAUGCAUUCGCGGGCCUGUCCCAUCUGCAGUAUCUCUUCAUCGAGGACAAUGAGAUUGGCUCCAUCUCUAAGAAUGCUCUCAGAGGACUUCGCUCACUCUCACAUCUGAGCCUGGCCAAUAACCACCUCGAGACCCUCCCCAGAUUCCUGUUCCGAGGCCUGGAGACCCUGACUCAUGUGGACCUCCGUGGGAACCCGUUCCAGUGUGACUGCCGUGUCCUCUGGCUGCUGCAGUGGAUGCCCAGCGUGAACGCCAGCGUGGGGACCGGAGCCUGCGCCGGCCCCACCACCCUGGCCCACAUGCAGCUCCGCCACCUCGACCCCAAGAUGUUCAAGUGCAGAGCCAUAGAGUUGUCCCAGUUCCAGACAGUUGGAGAGUCGGCGCUGGGUGUGGAGCCUUUCUCAUACCAGGGGGAACCCCACGUCGUCCUGGCACAGCCCUUUGCUGGCCGCUGCCUGAUCCUCACCUGGGACUACAGCCUGCAGUGCUUCCGGGCGGAGGAAGAGCUGUCCGCGCCCUCGGUGGUAUCCUGUAAGCCUCUGGUGUUGGGCCUGCGCCUCUUUGUGCUGGCUGCCCGCCUGUGGGGAGGUUCGCAGCUGUGGUCCCGGCCCAGCCCUGGACUGCGCCUGGCCCCCACUCAGGCCCUUGCCCCGAAGCGGCUGCUGCGGCCCAAUGAUGCCGAGCUCCUGUGGCUAGAUGGGCAGCCCUGCUUCCUGGUGGUCGAUGCCUCCAAGGCAGGCAGCACCACACUGCUGUGCCGAGACGGGCCUGGCUUUUACCCACGCCAGAGCCUCCAUGCCUGGCACCGGGACACAGAUGCUGAGGUCCUCGAGCUGGAUGGCCGGCCUCAUCUGCUGUUGGCCUCAGCCUCACAGCGGCCGGUGCUCUUCCACUGGCUUGGGGGCCGCUUCGAAAGGCGCACGGACAUCCCUGAGGCUGAGGAUGUCUAUGCUACGCGCCACUUCCAGGCCAAUAGGGAUGUGUUCCUGUGCCUCACACGCUACAUUGGGGACUCCAUGGUCAUGCGCUGGGAUGGCUCCAUGUUUCGCCUGCUACAGCAACUUCCAUCACGCGGUGCCCAUGUCUUCCAGCCACUGCUCAUCGCCAAGGACCAGCUGGCCAUCCUGGGCAGCGACUUUGCCUUCAGCCAGGUCUUCCACCUUGAUCCUGACAAGGGGCUCCUGGAACCUUUGCAGGAGCUGGGGCCCCCGGCUUUGGUGGCCCCCCGGGGCUUUGCCCACAUCACUCUGGCUGGCAGACACUUCCUCUUUGCUGCUUGCUUCAAGGGCCCCACGCAGAUCUACCAGCUUCAUGAAUUAGAUCUCAGUGCCUGACACUGGAUGGGACCCUGGACAUGGCUGGUGAAGGGGUUGGUGUGGGAAAUCUUAGGCCUCUGAGCAGCCUCUUGAUUGACCUCCUGGCCCCACAUAGGAUUAUGGCUGGUCUCGAGAAAUACUGGCCACAGGCCAAGUUCAAGGCAAGAGCUGUCCUUCCAGUCUAAAGCAACAGCUUUGCUGUGUUGCAAAUAACCGCCCCCCCCACCCACCAAGGGUGAUCUGGGAGCUCAGGCUGGAGCAUGCAGCAUCAUGGUGGGGGUAAUGUGCAGAACUCCAUGAGGUCUAGAAGCCCCCCUUACCGUCAAACCACCCUUCCCAUUCCCUGUUAAAGCACUCAGGAGGAGAUAACUUUCCUCUCAAUCUGGCCAAUCGCUUUUAGUGCACGCCCCCAUGACGUCAUCAGUUGCUGGGCAGGUUUCCCUGCUGGGCUUGCUAACUUCCUUUGCUGCUUGUGCGCAUGCCUGCUGCUAAGGAGGAAACCCAGCUUGUUUUCCUCUUGUUCGAGGAGGGGAAUGGGAGGGAAAGUGGAAGUUAUUAUGGGGAGACCCGGGUACCCCUUUCCGGUGGGUGCCAGGGGUGAAGGCAGAAGGUUUCUGAAAUCAAUAAAUGCGCUGGGCACCCGCGCCACUCGUUGUUGUGGGAUCAUUGGGAGAGUGUAUGCUGGGUGACAUGGGUGGAGGGCAGUGUCCCAGGAGCAGUGUUACGGAGGGUGUGGUUCCUGAAGUGAGCCUCUGGA